CAUCUUUCAUGGCGGAGAAGUAGAACAAAUUGCAAACAGAAAGAAACCCUAAAAUUUCGAAAAUGGAGGAAUCGAAGCAGCAGCAGUUGCAACAACAACAACUCAUACUUCAAAUGCAGCAACAACAACAAAUGCAACAGCGUCAACAACAGCUCUUUAUGAUGCAGCAUUUGCAGAAACAGCAGCAACAGGCGGCGAUGUCGAGGUUUCCGCCGAACGUCGACGCUCAUCUUCGGCCACCGGGUUUGAUUCCGAACCGACCCGUUAACCCGUUUCUUCAGAACGCUAACCCUAACCCUAAUUUGAUUCAACAAGCCAAUAAAUUUCAGCAACAGCAACAGAUGAUGAUGAUGAUGCAACAACAGCAACAGCAGAAAUUGAUGCGUCCAUCGAAUCAAUUGGAGAUACAAUUCGCUUACCAAGACGCUUGGCGUGUUUGCCAUCCUGAUUUCAAGCGACCUUUCGCUUCUCUCGAAGACGCUUGUGAAAGAUUGUUACCUUAUCACGUCGUAGCAGAUUACGAAGCAGAAGAAGAUGAUAGUAUCCUCUAUUCAGACACAACAAACCAGGCGCUACCCCGCUGUCAGCUAUGGGACAACAACAUUGCAGCCAAAGUCGCAGAAUUCACGGCGACAUUUGAGGAACAAAUCCAAGCUUUCAACAGGAUAACUCAAAAGAGAAGGGAUGGCGUCAGAGCUGAGGAAAUGCUGAUGAUGGAACAAUUUUUGCUCCAAGACGAGAGAAACGCAUGUAUUGAACUGGAUAGGGAGAUGAAAGCUCAGGAUGCGAGGUUAAGAAUGGCGGCUUUGGCUCAAGCAGCAGGACAAGCAAGGGCAGCAGAGUCACAACAAUCUCAUACCGAGAUGAUGGCUCGUAACCCGUUGAGAGCUAAUGCGAUUGGGAAUCAUGGAGAACAAGGACGUAACAUGAACCCUAAUGAGAUGAUGAUGCUGAUGAAUGGAUGGGGGAACAAUAAUAGCCAGAAAGAAGAGAAGGAACCACUAGAAGAUUUCUUGAAUGAUGAGGAAAAUGAAAAUGGAGAACAUGAGAACUGGCGACGAACUGGGGAUUUUGAUUUGAAUACUCGGUAAUAUGGAACCAAGACUCAUAAUUUUUUUUGGUUUGGUGAUGUAGUUAAAAACUUGAAAGGUAGUGAGUGAAUAAGGAGGGGAAGUGUUUUUAGUUGGACUAA